AUGCUAUCCUCAUGGAAGCUUAUGCCCUUUGCCAUUCCAGCAGGCCUUGCAUUUCUUAAUCUUCUAUCAUCAGUCUGUUCGUCUCAAGAACGUGCAGAAAUUGAUAACAGACACACGAGCAAUGAACACAAGAUUCAUAAGAUAAAUCCUCAACUAUUGUUUGAGAUUAAACUCCAUGGAUUCCUCCUUUGGGCUUCGAUUGGUUUUCUAAUGCCGGUUGGUAUACUUGUAAUGAGGAAGUCGAACGGAGAAGAAUCAAUAAGAAGACAAAGGAUCAUAUUCUACAUUCAUGUUGUUACACAGAUUAUAGCAAUCCUUCUUGCAACUGUAGGAGCAGUACUGUCAAUAAAAUAUUUGGACAAUUCUUUCAAUAAUCUUCACCAGAGGGUAGGCCUAACCCUAUAUGGUGGCAUAUGGUUGCAAGCCUUGAUUGGCAUCUUAAGGCCACAUAGGAAAGGGAAAGGAAGAUGCAUUUGGUAUACUUUUCAUUGGUUACUAGGUAUUGCAGUAUCUGUUCUUGGAGUGAUCAGUAUAUACACAGCUAAAGCAUGGGCAUUGCUUUGCCUUGCCUUGCCUUGCCUUGCCUCGCCUCGCCUCUAG